AAACAGUCGAGUCGUACAGAUAGCGACGGAGCGGCGGUGCGGGGAGUACUUUAUGGCUGCCUGCUCAGCACGACGUAUAGUAAUUUGUUGUAUUUGAAAACGCUUGUUUUUUUCAGAGGCCGUGAAACUAGCGCUCUGCGUUCAGCGAGGACUGUAGCUAAGGCAGAGUCACUCGUAUGUGGACACGGCUAACUUUUUUGUGCUAAAUGAGACUGCCGUCGAGCGAAUUUUAACUUCAUCGAUCGCGGAUAGUUCUUUUGAAAAUACAAUCAGCGGAAGUCUAACUAGGAUUACAAGUGCUUGAAGACCUGGACUUAGCGUUUUUACGAAGACCUGCACUAAUUGUAUGGGGAAACUGUGUUUUCUAACUUUUUUCCCCCUCAACAGCGCUGCAAACUGUUGCCGUAGUGGCAUACAUUAACGUCAGCUAAUUUUAGCAAACUAGCUAGGUACACUAGCUGGCAGCCUAGCAGCACAGUACUUUACUGCUAAUUCAGGAAACUUUUUUAUGACAAUGCCUUUCAUACGUUUUGCAACAGGUAGAUGGUUUGUAAACACGAUGAAGCAGCAUUAUACACCAGAAAUUUAGAAACUUAUGUGAUAUUUUCUUCGCGUUGGUUAUACCGCGGGCGAUGUCAUGAGUUGUAGUUUGGCUUUUUGGUUCGUGUUUUGAAGAUCGUCCCCGCGUUUCAGAAAACAAGUUACUCUGAUGAUGCAGUCUUUGGACACAAUCUAACCCCAAUACCGACCUAACAUGUUGGAUCAUACAGAAUAACACGAGACUUGGAUAGGAGACGAGCUUCGAGUCGCGCAGUUUGCUGCAUAUUUUUUUGUGCUGAUGUGAACGAAGAGGAAACCUUUCAGUUGACCUAGGGAUACAAUAGCUUGUCUGAAGUCUUCGUCACUCUAUGCAUCAAAAUGUCGGCCAUCUCUGCAUCCGAGAAAGUGGACGGGUUUACGAGAAAGUCCAUGAGGAAGGCCCAGAAACAGAGAAAAUCCCAAGGCUCUUCUCAGUACCGCACUCAGAGCGCUCCAGUUGAGCUUUCACCGCUGCCGCAGCUCAAAGAUGCCCCCUCCACUGAGCAGCAGGAACUGUUCACCCAGAAACUCCAGCAGUGCUGCGUCCUCUUCGACUUCUUUGACUCGGUGACGGACCUGAAGAGCAAGGAGAUCAAGAGGGCAACUCUCAACGAGCUCGUGGACUACGUUUCCACCAACAGAGGGGUGCUGGUGGAGUCCGCAUACCCAGAGAUCACUAAUAUGAUCAGCACCAACAUUUUCCGGACUCUUCCGCCAAGUGAAAACCCCGAUUUUGACCCAGAGGAGGAUGAACCCACUCUAGAGGCUUCAUGGCCUCACAUACAACUGGUGUACGAGUUUCUCCUGCGGUUUCUAGAAAAUCCAGACUUCCAGCCCAGCAUUGCGAAGCGCUACAUUGAUCAGAAAUUUGUUCUGCAGCUGCUGGAGCUGUUUGACAGUGAGGACCCAAGGGAGAGGGACUUCCUGAAGACCAUCCUGCAUCGGAUUUAUGGAAAGUUCCUGGGGUUGCGAGCCUUCAUCAGGAAGCAGAUCAACAAUAUUUUCUUGAGGUUCAUCUAUGAAACUGAGCACUUCAACGGAGUUGCUGAGCUGCUAGAAAUCCUGGGAAGUAUCAUCAAUGGGUUUGCGUUACCUCUGAAGGCAGAGCACAAACAGUUCCUGAUGAAGGUGCUCAUCCCGUUACACACAGCUAAAGGUCUGGCCCUUUUCCAUGCACAGUUGGCCUACUGUGUGGUCCAGUUCCUGGAGAAGGAUCCUUCGCUCACUGAACCGGUGAUCCGCGGGCUGCUGAAGUUUUGGCCUAAAACCUGCAGCCAGAAGGAGGUGAUGUUCCUCGGUGAAAUUGAGGAGAUUCUGGAUGUCAUUGAGCCAACGCAAUUCAAGAAAAUCCAGGAGCCAUUGUUCAAACAGAUCUCCAAAUGUGUGGCUAACCCACACUUUCAGGUAGCAGAGCGAGCGCUGUACUUCUGGAACAACGAGUACAUUCUCAGCCUCAUCGAGGAGAACAUCGACAAGAUCCUUCCCAUCAUGUUCGGUAGCCUGUACAGGAUCUCCAAAGAGCACUGGAAUCCGACGAUCGUAGCUCUGGUCUACAACGUGCUGAAGACGUUGAUGGAGAUGAACUGCACUCUGUUUGAUGAGUUGACUUCCUCCUAUAAAGCAGACAGGCAACGGGAGAAGAAGAAGGAGCAGGAGAGGGACGAGCUGUGGAAGAAGCUGGAGGAGUUGAGGCUCAGCGACGCUGCUCUGGUCCAGAACAACAGCCACGGGCUCCCGAGUGUCCAGAACAACAACAAUAACAACAACAACAACAACAACAACAACAGUAAUAACAAUAACAAUGACAACCAGGACAAGAGCGUUGAUUCUGCUACUGCUGUCACCACAGAAGAGCCUGACGUCAGCGUGGCAGCCAGUGAGAGCACCCCAUGUGCCAAAUGACAGCGGAUGUCGGUUUGUUUUUUAUUCCAUAACGGUUUGACACCGUGUUCAGGACCGUCAGGGGAGGAUUAACGGAGAUGGAAAAAUACAAAUUACACCUCAGCAGUAUAUUACAUCUACUUAGAGUGACUUAGAACGCCAGCAUUUCUUCGGCAGAAAAAAAAUAUAUAUAUAUAUAUAUAUAUUUCAACUUAAGACUAUUUUUGGAUGUUACAGUGUGGCUGCAGUAUAUUGUUUAUUUGUCUGAUCAAAGAUUUAUCCUUUCACAUUUAGUUUCUUAACUGAAAAUGAUUUUAUUUGUUAUAUUCAUUGUAUGAUACAUGGGAGGGGAGAAAAUAAUGAUGACUUGAAUUUAAUGUUUCCGAUCGUGCUGCACUUAGACAAGCUGAAUAGCUAUUUAAAGAUGUCUAUUUUUUAAUGUGCUUUUCCUUGUUGCUGCCAACACUUGGGUGCAAAACCUUAAGGAAGAAGGGAACUGCAGACUUUGGGAGGAUUCGUGGCAAAUGGGACCAGACCCAUGAUUAGACAUUAAGAGUCCAUUAAUGUAUAGAAAAGGGCUGAUGUCAGGAGCAGAAGAAGCUAGAGGACAGGUCUCUGGUGUUAGAGGUGAACUGGAGGUGCAUGGCCAAAUAAGUUCAUUCUUAAAGAAAAAUAAUCCCAGGUGUGGUUCACCAUUAUAAAGUGUCAUAUUUGUCAGAUUAUUUUUGUGUCGGGUGUUGGUAAUUUUUUUUUUUUUUUUUGUUAAUCUGGGUAUAUGGGUGAAGACACGAAGCUAAUAGUUGUAACACAACACCUGCGUUGAUGAGAUUAAUCACACUAAAGUAUUGAGAGGGCUCUCAAAUAAUGAAAUGUUUUUUUAGCCUGACUUGAAUUAAAGGAACAGUUUAACAUUUUCAGACAUACAUUUCUUUGCUUUCUUGCUGAGAGUUAGAUGAGAAGGUUGACACCGCCCUCUCUGAAGAAAGCAAAUGUUUCCCAAAGCAACUGCUAUUUGUAAAUUUAAAAAAAAAUAAAAUAAAAAUACAUUCACAGACCUACAGUACUAUAUUUUUCCAGAGUAUUGACCAGGCAAAUAUUUUUGAAUGUUUCAUUUUGCAGAUGGAUUAUGAUGCAGGAUGUACUUGUACUUGUACAUUUGAUGAUAUGCUAGUUUGGAGGCUACUUAAAGGGACAUGCCACUCAGUUUAAGAUUUAAUGUACAGUGUAAUGUUUCUGUGGUCUAUGAAAGUGCAGUCAGUGCUUAUAGGAGUAUAAAUGUUUCUCUCUCAAAGCUGAAAAGCAAAGACGCUCUUACCACCACUCUUACCUGUUUGUUUUUUUUUUCCUUUUUUUGAACAAUACACCGGAGGCUCAUUUUGUCUAUCUUUGAAAUCCAAACAAGGCUCAUUAUGACGUAGUGAUAUCGAGGAAAAUCAACACACCAGAAAAUCCCACAGGAUUGUAAUCCUUACCAUCAUUGCCUCCCGUUCUCCAGACUUUAUAACCUUGCAUUUGCUUCAACACUCCAUUUUCUGAUGUUUUGAGUGGUUAAAUGUGCUUAUUAACUUAAUCUGACUGCCACAGAUCAUAGGAAUGACCUCUGAGAGUUUUCUUUUUUUAACUGAAUGGUAUUCCCUCUGAACCUGAGUGUCUGCUCGCUUGUUUUUAAGUUCCUAUUUUAGGUCCAGUCUUUUCUGAUGCCUUUCUGUGUCAGUACAGCAUUCCAGCCUCUGUGACGUAAAAAAAAAAAAAAAAAAAAAAAAAGAAGCUGCGUGGGGAACCUGUUUUCUAAUCGCAGAUCUUAUUUAGGUUUCACCAUCAAAUAAAGUCUACUUUAUCUUUCUACUCGAAAUGUAAAAAUGUUUUUUUUUCUCCACCAGUGUUUGUGUUCAGCUGCAGUACAUCAUGAAG